CACCCUUUAUCUGUGAUCAAGAUCAAUACAUUGCAAAUCCAUCACACAUAUGCCAGCAUCUCCAAACCCGGGCACUGAAUCGGGCGCGAAGCCAAGUCCUUUUGCCCAAUUUGGCAUGAUAUCGAGAAAUCGCUACGCAGGAUUGUGCCCGAGCGCCCCGGACGAGCCUGGUGACCCUCAACCGGGGGAUGAACCUGACUUGCCAGCUACAUAUGACCCGUUUGCGCCAGAUUCCUCGCAUGGUGACCUCGAUCCUGCUACGGGAGCUAGCGGCAUACCUCGAGAAACAACAACACUGCCUUCGCAUCCAGCACAGGGCGACAACAAGGGAAGCGGCAAUCACGGAAGCAAUACUCCGGCGAAGGGUACCUGAACGCUCUCAUUUGACAUUUUCAGAGACGUAUUAGGCGGAACCGCAACACUGUUGGACGCACGCGGUCGAACUCGACAUUCAUCGGCCGGAGAAGUGGUCGAGCGAUCCAGAGUGCCACUUGCUAUACAGCAACGGUGAUCUGGCGGCGGAACAUUGAGACGUCGGAGUAGGUAUAGGACACAUGUUGCGUGGCUGUGCGCUAGAUCCGCCUUGUACAUAUCAAAUGCCAAUAUGUUGUUGAGUUUGGUCUUUCACGGUCCAUAGUAA